AUGGCCUUAGCAGCCUUCCUAGCCGAGCUCCAGGCAGAGGCCAGCUGCCCCAUGUGCCUGGACUACCUGAGGGACCCAGUGACCACUGACUGUGGGCACAACUUCUGUGGCUCCUGCAUCCUCCAGUGCUGGGAAGACCUGCAGGACGUCUUCCCCUGUCCCGUCUGCCUCCACCACUGCCCUGACAACAGCCUCAAGAGAAACCCCCAGCUGUGCCACAUGAGUGACAUUGUUAAGCAGCUUCCCAUCACGAGGAGCAAGAGGAGGCGGCAGGAAGAGAAAGCCCUGUGUGAGCAGCACAGUCAGGUGCUGGACCUGUUCUGUGAGAAGGACCUGGAGCUCUUGUGUCCCCAGUGCAGGGUCACAUCUGAGCACCGGGAUCACCCCCUGAUGCCCAUUGAGCAAGCUGCAGCUUCUCUCAGAAAGAGGCUAAAAAGCUACAUCGAGCCCCUGACGAAGCAAACAGAAGAUGCUGAGAUGGGGAGAGAUGCCCAACUCUCAACUCCAUUGCGUUGA